GAGACUGAGAGGGAAGGGGAGUAGGGGUGUUAGGCCUCGCGGGCUGCCUGGGCUGCGGGCUGCCGGGCCGUUCCGUGAGGCGGGGACCGGAGAGCUGCGGGGCCCGGGCGCGCGGGCUUCACGCCAAGCUCCGGGAGGCGCCUGAGCGAGCGGGCCGGCCGGCAGCUGCGGCCGGGAGUCCCCCAGCCGGGACCAUGGGCUGCUUCUUCUCCAAGAGGCGCAAUUCGGAGAAAGAGUCGCAGCCCAAGGGCGAGGAGGAGCCGCCGAAGCAGUACAGCUGGGACCAGCGCGAGAAGGUUGAUCCAAAAGACUACAUGUUCAGUGGACUGAAGAAUGAAACAGUAGGUCGCUUACCUGGGAAGGUGGCAGGACAACAGUUUCUCAUUCAAGACUGUGAGAGCUGUAACAUCUAUAUUUUUGAUCACUCUGCUACAAUUACUAUUGAUGACUGUACUAACUGCGUCAUUUUUCUGGGACCUGUGAAAGGCAGCGUGUUUUUCCGCAAUUGCAGAGAUUGCAAGUGCGCACUAGCCUGCCAACAGUUUCGUGUGCGGGACUGUAGAAAGCUGGAAGUCUUUUUGUGCUGCGCCACUCAACCCAUUAUUGAGUCUUCCACAAAUAUCAAGUUUGGCUGUUUUCAAUGGUACUACCCUGAAUUAGCUUUCCAGUUCAAAGAUGCAGGGCUAAGUAUCUUCAAUAACAACUGGAGUAAUAUCCACGACUUUACACCUGUGUCUGGAGAACUCAACUGGAGCCUUCUUCCAGAAAAUGCUGUUAUUCACAACUACGUUCCUCUGCCUACUACCAAUGAGCUCCAAGCUGUCCGCAUUUCCACAGAAGCCAAUAGAAGUAUCGUUCCUGUAACCCAGGGCCAGAGACAGAAGAACAGUGAUGAGUCAUGCCUAGUGGUAUUAUUUGCUGGUGAUUAUACUAUCGCAAAUGCCAUGAAACUAAUUGAUGAGAUGGUUCAUUUAGGUUUUUUCCUGAUUCAGACAAAGGAAGUAUCCAUGAAAGCUGAGGAUGCUCAGAGGGUUUUUCGGGAAAGAGCACCUGAAUUCCUUCAACUUCUGAACAAAGGUCCUGUUAUUGCCUUGGAGUUUAAUGGAGAUCGUGUUGUAGAAGAUUGUCAAAAUGUCGUCAACGAGAUAUUCAAGAGCACCAAGACGUUUGUAUCACAAAACAAGGAGACAGCAUCUAGAGAUAUAGAUGGCUUCUACAACUUUGCUGAUAUACAGAUGGGAAUGUGAAGUGCACCGCAGAACCAGGGACUUGGUAUUAAAGCCCUUCUCAAUUUGUAUAUUACCAACGGCUUUUACUAAGGCAAACAUUGUUAAAGUUGAUUCUUCAAUAAAUUAUUGAAUACUGCAUCAUUUA